GUUGCGCCGUGCGUAGAUGGUGACGGUUAAUAAAAAUUUCUUUAGGUAGUUGAGAACGAAAGAAUCGUUCAUAGAGACUAAUUAAAAAUAUCGAAAAGAGAAUAUUUUGCCGCACCCUAUCGGGUGUGGGCACAUCGAAGAAAGACAUCAUCGUUUGUGGUUAUAAUCAAUUAUGGCUAAUUUGAGACAGACUCCGCUGACGUGUAGUGGACAUACUAGACCUGUAGUGCAUCUUGCAUUCUCUGACAUUACCGAAUCUGGAUAUUAUCUAAUUUCGGCAUGCAAAGAUGGCAAACCUAUGUUGCGACAAGGAGAUACCGGAGAUUGGAUUGGAACAUUUGAAGGACAUAAAGGUGCGGUAUGGGGUGUUGCAUUGAACCCUCAGGCAACAAGAGCUGCCUCAGGUGCUGCUGACUUUAAUGCCAAAAUCUGGGAUGCUAUUAAGGGAGAAGAAAUCCAUUCUUUUCAACACAAACACAUAGUGAAGUCUGUCAACUUUAGCACCGACUCCAAUUAUUUAUGUACUGGCUCGAAUGAAAAACUUGUAAGGAUUUUUGAUCUCAACAAACCAGAAGCAGCACCACAGAUUUUCUCAGGUCACAAGAAUGGAAUCAGACAUGUUACUUUUUUCAAUAAUAACACUGCAUUAAUUACAUGCGCCGAUGAUAAAACAUUGAGAGUAUGGGAUAUAACAAGCGGUCAAGAAGUAAAAAGGUUAAACUUUCCAGCAAUUCCAAGUUCUAUGGAAUUAUCAAAAGAUGGAAAUAUUAUUACCACUACUCAUUCCAACAUAGUCACUUUUUGGGAUAGCAAAGAGUUAACUAAAUUACACGAGUAUAACGCACCAACCCAAAUGAAUAGUGCCAGUUUGCAUCCAGAUUGUAGUAUUUUUGUAUGCGGAGGAGAAGAUCUAAAAAUGUACAAAUUUGAUUACAUCACGGGUACUGAAAUUGAAUCAUUCAAAGGACAUUUUGGACCCGUACAUUGUGUACGAUUUUCACCGGAUGGUGAAUUAUAUGCCAGCGGUUCGGAAGACGGUACAUUACGAUUGUGGCAAACAACUGUCGGCAAAACUUACGGUCUUUGGCGGUGUAUAGAGCAAUCGCCUGCGUUGCAAGAAACCGCUGCUGUGCUUAACAAUAAGCAAGAAGUUCCUGCCAGUUAGAAGCCUAAAAAUGAAAGGAUAAUAUAAGAUACUGUAACAUCGAAGAGCAAUUAUUUCAUGAAUAGAGAUGAAAUGAGGCAGCAAAGAUACAUGGUGUCAACGAUUGAUGGUGUAAUUUUUAUUUCAUCGGCUUACGUCUGCCAUAAUAAUAUCUUGUAAAUAUCGGAUCUCUGCGAAACUAGUUCCACUGUGUAAUCCAGCUAUGAAUCGUAAAACUCUCGGAGGGAAACUGAAAAGCGGACCAACCUUCAUCGUAGUCUGAUAUAGGUCAUGGAAGUGUGGGACGCCAUUCACUAUUUAUUAUAAAGAGAAGAGCAAAGAAACAUUAACAUUUAUUAACGUUAUACAUUCAUUGUCGCUAUUAUACUACAAAAUUAGAUAGAGGUGUAAUAGUAGAGAAAGAAAACCACAUCGUAAUAAAAUUUUGUGUUCGCAUUUGUUA